AAGGUACUUAUUGGAUUGUUCAUAUUAAAUGAAUUUAUAAAGGGCUCUGCUUAGAAAGAUCUGUUCUUUAUGCUUGCUCCAAUAUCUGUAAUAAUUCUGGUAAAGUGCAGAAAAAGGAAAGAAAAGGUAGUUUGUUAUUAUUAGAUUAUAUUAUUAUUAUUGAAUUCGUGUUAAUCUUUUAUAAGGAUCAUUUAGUGAUUAACAUAUAUAGUUGUCUGCCAUUGAAAAGCUCAUUACUUUAUUGAGGCUGCAAGGAAUUAGAGUCCUUUUUUGUAUUGAAAUUUGGCACUGGAUCUGGUGAAUUGUUUGGAUCAAGUGGAGGGUUGGGAGAGUUGAUUUUGAAGAACUUGGGAAGGUUAUCAGUAAGAGAGCUGUGACGGAGUCGAAUACGGAAAAUAGGGGGUGUGGUUGUGUUGCAGUUGUGGAGUGCUUUUUGAAUGUAGUCAGGGCCCUCCAGAUGGGGUCCUGCUUGUCUUCUGAAAGCAGGAGCCCUCUCCAAUCCCCAACAUCUGCUAUUGGGAGGAAGAGGAAGAAUUCUAAGAGGAGGCCUGGGUCCAGGAAUUCUUCCUUUGACCUUAGGAAGGAAGAACAUCUGCAUAGGAUCCCGGGGCGCAGGUUCUUGAGUGGCUCCAGUGAUGUCGCUACUCUCUUUACACAGCAAGGCAAGAAAGGGACCAAUCAAGAUGCAAUGAUUGUUUGGGAGAAUUUUGGUUCAAGAACUGAUACUGUUUUUUGUGGAGUCUUUGAUGGCCAUGGUCCCUAUGGUCACAUGGUUGCAAAAAGAGUGAGAGAUUCUCUUCCCUUGAAAUUAAGUGCGCUCUGGGAAGUUAAUACUAAAAGUGAAGAUGUCCUUAUAGAGUUCAGUCUAAAUACGGCUUUGAGCAUGAAUUCUGAGAGUGCUUCCCUCUUAUCUGCUGAUGAAGUUCCAAUGGCAUCUAUUGAUGUUGAAGAAGUUCAUAAACAACCAGAUGUCUUUCUGACAUUGAAGGAUUCAUUUUUAAAGGCGUUUAAGAUCAUGGAUAGGGAACUGAGGGGCACAAGUAUUGAUUGUUUCUGCAGUGGGACAACUGCAGUAACUCUUGUGAAACAGGGCCAGGAUCUUAUAAUCGGGAAUGUUGGCGACUCUAGAGCUGUACUGGGUACAAGAGAUAAAGACAACUCUCUUACUGCUGUGCAGUUGACUGUGGAUCUCAAGCCUAGUCUUCCGGCGGAAGCCGAGAGGAUUCGCAAGCAUAAAGGACGUGUAUUUGCUCUUCGUGACGAGCCUGAGAUUGCAAGAGUGUGGCUGCCAAAUACAGACUCUCCUGGCCUUGCCAUGGCACGUGCUUUUGGAGAUUUUUGCCUCAAGGAUUACGGUCUCAUCUCUGUACCAGAUGUUUCAUACAGGCAGUUAACAGAGAGAGAUGAAUUUAUUAUCUUGGCAACAGAUGGGAUUUGGGAUGUGCUUUCAAACGAAGAGGUGGUAGAGAUUGUGGGUUCAGCGCCUGCACGCUCAUCUGCAGCUAAACUCCUGGUUGAAACAGCUGUUCAAGGCUGGAGGACCAAAUACCCAACUUCCAAAGUCGAUGACUGUGCUGUUGUCUGCCUCUUCCUCAAUUCACACUCAGACGAUAUAUCUUCUGCCUUCAAUGACAAUGGGAAGGUAAAGGACCACUCGAGCACUGCUCGAAACGGUGAAGAUGUCGAGGAAUCUUUAGAAGAGAGCAACGAGGAAACCUCCGAGCAAGAGUUAGGUUGGAAAGACUGGUCUUCCCUUGAAGGGGUGUCUCGUGCAGACACCUUAUUGACCUUGCCAAGGUUUGACCCGGAAAAGGAGGAAGAUAAAACUGCAGCAGGAGGAGGGACAAAGACAAAGACGAAAACCAAUAAAGGGUAAAACAACCAAAGGUCUGGAUUUGAAUUUUGCGACCCAGAUUUCAUUUUUUUGUGUAUCUUUAAAAUAUCAUUAGGGUAUUGUUUUUCUACAAGGGGAAAGUUGUUGUAUGGCCAUUGGCAUUCAUUCUGGACAAGGAGAGGUAUGCCCCACUUUAUUAGUGCCUGGGGAUCCCCCAUCUCUCUUCCCCUAUCAAGUGUGGUAAGAAUUGGAAUUUUGUAGCAUCCAAAGUGCCAUCUUUUUAUGAUCCUAUGUUGUUCUUGUUCCAGAUUCUUUUAUCAGUUGAUAAACUUGUGUGAUUCAUUAAAAAUUUGUUCCAUUAA